AAGAAUGGAGUGUCCGCCUGUUCAGGCGCAACUGUUUUGGUGUAAUGAAUUUCGUACCCGCACAAGUAGGCCGUAGCAGUCCCGUGAAGACUUUCCUCACAAAUUGUGUGUCUCCGGCAAUGUCUUUCGUCAAAGACAACUCAGCCAGAUAUUUGGAUCUUUUCCUGUAGCGGUCGUCCACCCGUCGCAGUAACACCAGUUUGAACAUGGCGAAGCAGUUGACCCGAGCGGCAUCUGCCUUCGGUCUCGUGACGAUUUCUAUCACAGCAUGUUUCAUCUGCGACCGGAAGUGGUCCGGGCAGAAUGGUUCGCCAGCAGUUCUGCUGUCAAGUGCUGCACAGGAAGCCGGUGCUGGCUGGUCAGAAGGGAUUUCACGAGACGCGGGUCACAAAACAAGCAACUUCACCUCUCCUCUAUCCACUCAUUUAUCAGCGUGGAAUGCAGCUCGGGGAGUGGGCCACCUACUGCCACCGUUUGACGGCCUCUCAUUGCUUUUUCCUCCAACUGCUCCAAAGCUAUUUGUCGAUGAGUUUGGCCGCAAAAAAUUUAAUCUAUUUGAACUCCGUGGAAACUCGCUUCAGAUUCCCCUCAAAGAAUGGAUUGAUUCAUUCUUUGAACUGGCAGACACAUCCUUGCCCGGCAGGCUGUUCAUUGCCACAACUAAUUUGCUGAACAACGCUACCGCUGUCGCGCUCAAUAUGACAUCCGCGUAUGGAACAGUCAUGGACACACAGAAGGCUUUGUUAAGGACCUCUGAAACAGUCCAGCCAGUGUAGUGUCCUUCCCCGUCCGCUGAACACGGGAAUCAGCGUUCGUCCUUUGGCACAAGGUGGCAGAGGUUUUACGAUCUUUCUAAGAAUGUUUUGUAGAGAGGCUGUUUGUUGAAUCCAAGCGGGCGACAAAGAGGCCCACAACUGGUAAACCAUGUAGAUUGCAACAGAUUGCAAGCACGAUUCUAAAACGUGCUGGAAUUCGCAGCAUGUGUUGCGCCUCUCACACCAUUCGUGGCAAUGGAGAUGCGUAGACUGUUCGUCAACUCCGAGAAACCGCGCCAUUCACGUAAAGCAACCUCCACAACCUCCUUCUUAUUCAAUCGAGCAAAGUAGAGCAGUCCCUCUUAGUUUCCAGUGGGACGGCUGCACCUCUGUCCGCAAGUUAACACGGAAGACUAGGUAAUUGUCUGUUCGCUUAGGGUACUUAUAAACGGGGCAGUCAUAGGGCUCGAACUGGCCGAAUUCUGCGCUUCUGUUCUUUUUGUCUUUCGAGGUGACUGCGGUCACAUACAAGAUCGGCAUUCUGUCGACCAUGACCUUCGGGAGCGACUCAUCUAGUUUGCCUUCGUGCCAGUUCCACCUGAAAACAUGGAGCAAUGAGCCCUGCACUUUGAAUGUGCGGCCAUCACGCAUUUUGUCACUUGUCAUGUAGCUUCGGGCGUUCGUCUCGAAUGCUGCGUGGCUGCGGCGGAAGACAGUCUCACCUUGAACCUUCGAUGUAGAGGCCAUGAAUGUUGACGCCCUCAUCUGGAGUCUCCUUCACUUUGUCAUAGUCAUACCCCUUAACUUCAGUGUGGAGGACGACGUCGUCGAGGCCCCACUGGUCUUUUUUGUGCUGUCUGGUCACCUGCAGUGCAGAACGAGCAUUAAACUCCAGAAC